CAUCACCUCUGCGAGCUGUUUCCUAGCUUCCCUUUAACGCUAGGAUUUUGAGUUAUUGAAAAGGGUCGAACUCUGUAGAGAGUAAAGUCGUAUAGCCGCAGCCAUGGGUUGUUACGUAUCCAUGUCAGCCUAUGGGCUGUGCCAUUGCACCAAGAGGCGCCAGCCUGCAUGACCACAGCCUGGUCGACCCCUCAUCGUGAACAAGCACUCCUGAUCUUACUGGAAACAAAGUCAAUACUCCCCUGAUCAGGUUUUUUUGCUAUUGAUCCCAAUAAGUCUACGGUCCGUCAUGAGCCCUUCAAAACCCCUCCAGCGUUUGAAGGGCUUCUUCCGCCAUGGGAGCAGCAAAACGGGUGAGCCUACCGCCCGUAACGACCAAUCCCCCUCGACGCCAGCAUCGUUCGAAGAAGCCAGCGCCUCGGUAGCUGCCGUGUCCCAAAGCUCGUUCUCUCGACCUCUUCAAACUACAGAAACACUAGCUUUCGUGACGCCUGGUCGAGCCCCAAGUCCAACAGCGCGUCCCAUCACAUCGCUCCCACAAACAAUACCCCGACCAUCAGAAGACGUGCCUUCGCUAUGGAGUCGUGCUUACGAGGCUCUGCGGGAAGAAGAUGCACAGUUGGUGGAGCAAUACGAGAUACUUCUGUCUCAAGAGUUAGAGGAGCCAGAGCCUAGCGCACCCGAAAUGCAAGGACUACUUCGUCAGUACGAUGGCGAAUACCGACACGACAACCGAAUCGACACUGAUCCUGACAAGCGUUGUGCUCAACUCAAGACCAUCACCGACCGUGGCCUACGACGCGCCGACGACAAGCGAACGAAGUAUACCAUAUUCGGGCACGAGUUUGUUUUGAGGGAUCAGGUUCAAAAGACUGCUGAAUUUGUGCUGACUAUGAAGGGCCUUGUUGAUGAGGCUGUCAAGGUGUCUCCUGAGGCAUCCCUUGCCUGGGCUGGUGUGUGUGUCUUGCUACCAGUCUUCACCAAUCCAAUUGCGGCAGAGGACUCCAACCGCAAUGGCUUAAUAUAUGUUACCUGUCGCCUACGAUACUAUGUUGAACUUGAAAGUCUUCUGUGGCCGGAAAACAUAGUUAAACCGAAGCUCAAGGCGGAAUUCGACGGCCAUAUCGUCGAACUCUACCGAUUCGUUCUUGAGUUCCAGAUCAAAACCGUUCUCCGAUUCUACAGAGAGUGGAUUAAAUCGCUGGUUCGGGACGUGAUUCAGCACGACGAAUGGGAAGGAAUGCUGUGCAAGAUCGAGCAACAGGAGCACGCUGUUGGGGAGGAAUCAAACCGUCUACACUUGAUUGCCUCGGGGAAGACACUGAAAGCCAUCAGCGAGGCAGCGCAACAACACUACAACGAUAUGCAGUCGCUGCUUUCGAUCGCGAACGAUCAUCUCAAUGUCUCGAGGGAACACCGCGAUGUAUCGAAAGAGCAACUUGAGCUCCUGAUUAAAGAAUCCGAGAGUCGCCCCCUAGACCUUGCUGUCGUCAAUGAAGCGCGCUACGACAGUGGGGACUUCCAAGACGGCCCGAGAUGUGAGAGCGGGACUCGAGUACGCAUCCAGGAGACGAUUUACAAUUGGGCGGACGAUGACUCUGGCGAACCAUUGCUCUGGCUUGUGGGUCCAGCAGGAACCGGGAAGUCCACUAUUGCGCGGACAAUCACAGACUCUUGGGCCAAGCAGAAACGACUUGUUGCUGGUUACUUCUUCAAAAGGGGAGAAAAGGGCCGCAAUGACACUACCCGGCUAUUUUCCACCCUUGCCGCGCAGCUGUCUGAGGGCAUCCCUGCCUUUAGAGGCUGCCUUCGGAAGUCUCUCAGCGGUCUCAACAGAGAUGCAGUGGAAAGCAAGAGCCUCGAAAACCAGUUCAGCCAACUCCUGUGGCGCCCCUUGGCAGAUCUAUCCCUCGAUACCAGCCGACUGACUAAGAUUAUCAUCAUUGACGCUUUGGACGAGUGCGAGCGCCCUGGUCACCUAGGGCUGGUUUUGAACCUACUUGCCAAACUAGGUACCGUCAGCACGGUGCGCCUGCGGGUAUUGGUGACAAGCAGGUCUACCCUCCAUAUAGCGGAUGCCUUUCGUGGCAUUUGCCCUCGAAGUCUUGAUCUAGAGACGGACUAUCAAGUCGAAACACGGACUGAUGUUGCUAUCUUUCUCAAACAGAGAUUUGCGAGUAUCAAGGCUAAGUGGGAGAUCCAGGAGACUUGGCCGGCUGAAGAACAACUCGGUCGUCUGAUUCAUCUAUCAACAACGCCCUCACCACUAUUCAUUUAUGCAGCAACUCUAUGUCGCUUCAUCGAUGAUCCAGAUAAACGAGAAGAUCCAGUCGACCAAUUAGACCUCUGGUUUCAUCCAAGCGACAGCGACACUCCCCAGCUCGAUCAGAUUUACCGGCCAAUUCUCCACUACGUCUUAUUCGGCAGCUACAACACCGAUGAAAAACCAAAGCCGCUGGCUGAAGAUCGCCGAACGGAAUUAUUUAAUCUGUUGGGAGCUCUCGUACUGGUCGCCUCUCCUCUGCCCUCUAAAGCGAUUGCGGCCUUGCUUGGCAUCCCUAUACGUCGAGUUACUCCGUGGCUCCAUCACCUACGUUCUGUCCUCAGCGUCCCUCGCGACCAUGAUACUCCCGUAACGCUCCUGCAUAAGUCUUUUAGUGACUUCCUGCUUAACCCUGAGGGCUCAAGUCAUCGUGACUACGGGGUAUUCGCUGCACCAACACACGCUACGCUAGCGGCAAAAUGCAUUCAGCGUAUGAAAGAGGGACUCAGGCGAGAUAUCUGCAGUACUCAAAAGCCAGACGUACAACGAGAUGAGAUCGACAAGGAAGUGAUGAAUACACAUAUCCCUGCCGAUCUCCGCUAUGCCUGCCUUUACUGGGUGUACCACUUACAAAAAAGCGAAGGGUCUUUAGGAGAUGAGGUUUACGUAUUCCUCACCACGCACCUCCUCCAUUGGUUAGAAGUCUUGGCACUUCUGGGUAAGAUCUGGGACGGUGCUACCGCAAUUCAGCAGCUUCUCAGCAUGUGCCGGCAGUGUCCUAAUAUAACUGCAGAACUGAUGGAGUUCAUCACAGAUGCAAACAACGUCGUUGCUAAUUUUGCAUCUAUGAUUGACCGGACACCACUUCAAAUUUAUGUAGCGUUGAUGCUAUUCUGUCCAGUCGCAAGUAAAGUCCGGAAAAGAUUUUGGAAUCAAUGCCUCCCGAAUCUGCCUCAUGUUCACGGCGUGAAAUCUGAUUGGGAUGCGCUGCGGCAGACGCUCGAGGGCCACACGGAAUCGGUCUUCGCGGUGGCCUUCUCGCCGGACGGCCAGGUGGUGGCGUCGGCGUCAGACGAUGCGACGGUACGGCUUUGGGACGCGGCCACGGGGGCGCACCGCCAGACACUUGAGGGCCACAGCGGCUGGGUCAGGGCCGUGGCCUUCUCGCCGGACGGCCAGGUGGUGGCGUCGGCGUCAGACGAUGCGACGGUACGGCUUUGGGACGCGGCCACGGGGGCGCACCGCCAGACACUUGAAGGGCGGACUCAAAGUCUUUCCUUUGACCCGUUAUCCAACACGCAACUAUAUACUGAUUUCGGAGUAUUAGACCUGCUCACAGACUUCGAGGAAAGUGGAUUGCCUUCACCUAAGGAAAUAGUGUUAUUACCCGCUAUCUACGGAAUUGGCCUGAAUUUGGACAAGACAUGGAUCAUGAAAGGGAACGAGAGCGUUGUCUGGCUCCCAAGGGAGUACCGACCAGUUUCAUCAGCUACAAGAGGCUCGGUAAUGUUCAUCGGCUGUUCAUCGGGGCGUGUCAUCCAGAUUGUAGAAUGAUGUGAUGAUAGCAUAAGUGUGCAAUAAUCAUGAACAGCAUGCAUUCCCAUAAGGGUCCAGUUUACUCCCUCAUAGCGUGGCACAUGAAGGGUCUGGGAAGACAAACCCUUUUAUCUCUAAUGUUUAGACUUGAGAGUCAUCGUCGUCUUCCUGCUGGAUUCUUUUAUGUUAUUUUGCGAUCAGGUGCGGAUCGAAAUGACGCAACUGCCCAGAUCUGUGGAAUCCAACAUAGGUUGCAGGUUCAGCCAUGGAACGACGAAGACUCCACCAGCCCCACUAUUGGCUUACAAGUCCCUAGCCCAAAGUUCUUGUGUAUACAGUGUUAAAGAGAAUGUGACUUCACACAGUGUGGGGUUUGUUUAGAAAAUUGAUGUGUUUUGUGG